AUGAUUUAGUAAUUACUAGCAUGUGUAAGUAUAUCAGCAUCUUCAAUUAUUAACAUGGUUUUCUUAUGCUUAUUUUUCACAGAGCAAAUUAUUUAGAGAGGGCAGCUACAGUUUUGGCCAACGAGCGGCUGUCGUCAGCAAACACAAUAUGAAUCCAGCUGAAUGGUGGGUGCAUUUUGGCGGAUCCGCGAGAAAUCUAAAGCGGAUAGCUAUCCGGAUCCUCUCCCAAACAGUCUCCUCUAGUGGAUGUGAGCGCAAUUGGUCCACCUUCGCCCUUAUCCACAGCAAACAAAGAAACCGUUUGACGCAAAAGCGCCUCAACGACCUUGUUUAUGUGCAUUACAAUUUGCGGUUGAGGCUAAAGUGCAUCCAGGAGGAAGUGGAGCUCAAGUAUACAGAUCCGAUUUACGGGUCCUUCACCGCUGAUGACGAUGAUCCACUACUCGGCUGGCUUGUAGGCCAGCAGCAGGAGCCCGAGCUUGACGAGCCAGGAUCGCCUCCACGACCAGCUACCUUCAUAGCCACCGAAGCUGGGGUCGAUCCAGAGCAAUGGGCUGAGCGCAAUAUUCCACGCACUCCCAGAGCUGAUCAGCCGCAGGCACAGGGGAGCCAGACAGAGAGGGCCAGGAAAGGAAAACAAAGAAUCCCAAUGGAGAGUGUCGAGGAAGAGACUUGGACUAGUAGCGAUGAAGGUUCUGGUGGUGAUGGAUCUUCUAGCCAUGGAGGGAGCGGAGGACAGUAUGGUACUCAUGAGACACAGACGGAGGGUGGUCUUUAUUUCACCGGUGAGUCCCAAUUUAUGGGUGCUACACAGGAUACGGACCACGGUCGACCACCUGAUAGAGAUCGUGAGGAUAUUAUUGGAUAUAGAAGACGGGCUCCUCGAGGUCGUUCAGGAAGACAGGAUACGACUGCAGAUCCGAGGACAUACGGAUACGGAUUCUAUUAUCCACAGCCUUAGCCUGACGAAUACGGAUAUGGUGCAUUGGAUUUUGCU